AUGGCUCAAUGGCAGAGUGAUUCGGAUGAGGGUAUUGACUACAUGUUCAAGAUUGUCAUGAUUGGGGACUCUGGUGUUGGAAAGUCUCAGCUUUUGAAUCGGUUUGUGAAGAACGAGUUCUACAUGAAAUCAAAGCCCACAAUUGGGGUUGAGUUUCUCACCAAGACCGUGGUCAUGGAUCACAAACUAGUCAAGGCUCAGAUUUGGGACACUGCUGGUCAAGAAAGGUACCAGGCAAUUACAACUGCGUAUUAUAGGGGUGCAACUGGUGCCUUACUGGCAUAUGACAUAACCAAGCGCCAAUCCUUUGACCAUGUUGAGAAGUGGUUGGAUGAGCUACGGAUACAUGCGGAUAAAAAUAUAAUUGUCAUGCUUGUUGGCAACAAAUCUGACUUGAGUUCUAGUCGAGCAGUGCCUGUUGAGGUAGCCAGAGACUUCGCGCAGCAGGAGGAUCUUUUCUUCAUUGAGACUUCAGCACUUGACUCCAGCAAUGUGGAAUCAGCUUUCCUUGGUCUUCUCUCGCAAGUAUAUAGAACUGUCAGUAAGAAGCACAUCCUUGUGGAUGCACCGGAAUCAAAUUGGGAUAAAGUAAACCUUGAACUUGAAGGAACAAAAAUUAAGGUCCCAUUCCAAGAACCUGGAUGCCAAAAUGCUAAAAGGAGAUUCAGUUGUUGCAAUAUAUUUUAAAGUUUCUUUUCACCUAGACCCACCUUUGUCUGGGUAAGGGCUAUUUCCUCCCUCCCUGUGCUUUUGUGGAUUUUUAUGUAUACUUUGCCCUCAAUUUUUUUACUUUCUCAUUUUUCUGUACUUUACCCUUUAGGAGAUACUUGUUGGGCAUAGUUUUGAAGGAAUAUAAUAUGAUGAAUUUGAGUAGUCUAUUCAAUGUAUCUAGAAGCAGCUCCUUUGAGAUGACUAUUACUCAAAGCAGCUUCCCAGGAAUGCAAAUAGGACAUAUUCUCUUAGUAAUACAUGACAGGGA